UUAUGGCUUGUGAUGAAUCUUGAUCAGCACUCAGAUGGCAGACCCCUUCAAUGGUGCUCAAGCUGUGCUGUAAUAUAUGGAAGGUAUUUGUCACUGAAUAGGGCGGCUCUUCCCUCUGGCCCAGCUCUUAAACAAUACCCUACAGCAAAGCUUCCUUCAGAUGGGAUGGCUGUGAUAUAUCAUUGCAAUGGGGCAGCACGUUCCCUCCUUCAACACUGAACACACUGAGAAAGACUGUCAUUCAGUGGACUAGGCGUCUUAUCAUGUGUCCAUGUAUCGGAGGUCCUUUAAGCCGGGGAGCCACAACAGAGGACGCAUUCAUCGCCGGGUGAAGCGACACGGAGCAAGGGGGGCUGAAGCCGAUGCAGAAAUCCCUACCCAGCGACCAGAAACUCACAAAGUUUGAUUUCAACAACAACAGAAGAAGUGGAAAAGGAAAAAGUUUGGAUUACCAAGAGGGGGCAGGAAAAAAGGAGACCUUUUUGAAAAUCCGCUUUCAGGAAUGUACCUUUGCAUGACCAAGCUAACUGAAGCAAACAUGAAAACAAAUUAAUUAAAAUAUAUGUAUAUCUGUGUAGGUCUAUCUAUAAACGAAGCUUUAAGUGUAAAACGUGGGUAAACAGCUAAGCAAAUAGAAGGCAUUCUCAGAAUAGGAAAAAAAAAGGCGCUUCAUUUGCAACAAGGAACAUAAACUAGAAAGGGAGGCAGACAAGCUAACUGGGUGAAGAUGUCGGGUGAGGACCACAGUUUGUCGGAGACGGACAUGAGCCCCGGGGCUUCGGAAGACGGACACUCAUUGUCUCCGGGUCCAGCCUCAAGCGCAGCCGGCGGGGAGUCUCCUUUACCCGGGCAGCAGGACUCCUGCGAGCCGGGGCAUGCCGGCGGCGUCACCGUGAAAUCGGAAGCGGACGAUGACCGCUUUCCAAUCGGGAUUAGAGAAGCGGUCAGCCAGGUGCUGAACGGCUACGACUGGACUCUGGUGCCCAUGCCCGUGCGGGUCAGCUCCGGGAACAAAAACAAACCUCACGUCAAGAGGCCGAUGAAUGCGUUCAUGGUUUGGGCGCAGGCUGCGCGGAGGAAACUAGCCGACCAGUACCCUCAUCUGCACAACGCGGAGCUCAGCAAGACACUGGGGAAGCUGUGGAGGCUGUUGAACGAGAGUGACAAGCGUCCCUUCAUCGAGGAGGCGGAGCGACUGCGCAUGCAGCACAAGAAGGACCACCCCGAGUACAAGUACCAGCCACGCCGCCGCAAGAAUGGCAAAUCAGGAGCCGGCUCUGAGGGCGACGCCCACUCCGAGGGCGAGGCCACACCCAGCGGCCAACCGCUCUUCAAGAGCCUGCACCUGGAACACGCCCACUCCGCGGGGGCGGGCUCUCCGCUCUCUGACGGGCUCCACCCCCAUCCAGCAGGUCAAACCCACAGCCCUCCCACUCCGCCCACCACCCCCAAGACCGAACUCCAGUCCGGAAAAUCCUCGGACGGCAAGCGCGGGGAGCGCCCCCUGGGGGUGGGGGGCGAGGGGGGUGGGGCUAGUGGACCAGGCAAACCCCACCUGGAUUUUGGGAGCAUGGAUAUCGGGGAGAUCAGCCAUGAGGUCAUGUCCACCAUGGAGCCCUUCGACGUGAAUGAGUUCGACCAGUACCUGCCUCCCAACGGGCACUCCGCGGGGCAGCCCGGGGGGUCCUCGUACCCCUACGGGAUCACCAGUGCCCUGGCAGCGGCGGGGGGUCACUCCGCGGCCUGGCUGUCCAAACAUCACCACCACCACCACCACCACCACCACUCCCCGGCCAGCUCCAGCGAGCCCGGCAAGGCUCCUGUCAAGAGCGAGUCAAGCUUCGCAGAGCAGCCCAGCGGCUCCCAGCUCACCUACACCUCCCUCAGCCUCCCUCACUACGGGACAGCCUUCCCAGCCUUGUCCUCCCGCCCUCAGUUUGAGUACAGCGACCACCAGCCAUCCACCUCUUACUACAGCCAUGGAGCACAGCCCUCCGGCAUCUACUCUGCCUUGAAGAGUAUGUGA